UUCUUCCACCGACAAUGCCACCAAUUAUUACCCCAGAAUAGUGUCUAAACCUUGGCCGAACAUCGGAAUUAAACUAUCUGAACGUGCAUCGGCAUUCCUCAGAGCAAAAUGCGGGGAAGGUGUAUAACCCCAACUUCUUCAAGAAUACGGAGACUUUCCCCGUUUGGAAAGCUCAGGCCCCUUGACUGGUGGAAAAAUGCUUGUUUCAAUAUCAGAUCGCGGAGCUUGACCGGAACAAAAGAACACGAGCCGGUCGAGCGGAACUAAUAUCUUCUUCGAAACGCAGAAUCAGGACUGCCUAUGCUGCAUAAGGCAUUAGGGCUUUUCACUAGGAUCAAAUUGCAGGAUUAUGGGUGAUCUAUAUAACUAUCUCCCGGAGCUGAUCUUGCAAAGUGAAGUCACUCUGCCUGCGACCAACAACCAAUUCCUAUAGCUACACAUUACUUGCUGAUCACCUCAAACCUCUCUGAUUCCCCGUGUUCCCGCGUUUGUAUCCCGUCAUCAUGAAAUUCACACCAUCUUCGGCGGCCUUGAUGCUCGGCGCCAUUGGAGCUGCCACUGCUCAAACUGUCUACUUCUGUGGUGACAGCACCAUGGCCGCGAAAGGUGCCAACGAUGGCGACACCGACGGUUGGGGUACCUACAUCGGCGAUCUCUUGACGGUGCCCGCCGUGAAUAAGGCUAUUGGCGGCCGCUCAGCCCGGUCUUACACGAAUGAAGGUCGAUUCCAAGCCGUUGCGGACUUGGUUGUGGACGGAGACAUUGUUGUCAUCGAGUUUGGACACAACGACGGCGGCUCCCCCGAAUCCAACGACAAUGGCCGCUCUGACUGCCCGGGAGCCGGUACUGAAACGUGCAUCUCUGAUGCAACGGGCGAGACCGUUUACACCUUUGUCUUCUACGUCAUCCAAGCAGCCAAGCUCAUGCUAAGUAAAGGGGCCACUGUCAUCCUCAGCUCUCAGACACCCAACAACCAGUGGGAGGGUGGCUCUUAUGGAGGCUCGCCUGGCCGGUUCGUGGGCUACCAGAAGGUGGCCGCGGAUGCCCUUGCCUCCGCCGAUGUCACUUUCGUCGACCACUUCCAGGCAGUCAGCAACAUGUACCUGCAGCUCGGCUCCGAUGCUGUCAACGCCCUAUAUCCCAAUGACCACACCCACACGAGCCCCGAGGGCGCCAAGCUUAGCGCCCAGGCCUUUGCGCAGGCUAUUUAUCAGGCAAUGAACGGCACGACUUCCUUGAAGGGGCACAUCGCGGAGCCUGUGACCAUUGUGUACGAGUAGUCUAUAUAUGGAACAUAUGGAAAAUUCUGCGUCGGCAUAGGGCAUGUCAAGAGCUGAUGUCCAAUCAGAUCUAUGAAGUGCUUGCUAGGAAGCCCCGGGUCUCCCGUUGUCAAGACUCACCCCAAGGCCAACACCAAUUAUUGGACGUGUUAGCAUUUGUCCA